GAUGCUGCAAUACUAUAUAAUUCACAUCGAUGGAAGUUUGAAACCUAGAUGCAGCAACCUGCAAAGUAGAAACUCAGAAGAGAAAAGACACAGCGUACGCAAAGACCUUUGCUGCUGUUAGAAAACACCUGUACCUCCGACUUACCUGUAACCUCCAAAGUCUUCUCAAAAUGACUAUGAUGCUGAAGCCAUGGUCAGUGCUGGUGGCCUUAAUUCUGUGUGUGCUGGUGUGUCUGGUAACACUGGUGGAUGCGUAUCCCCCCAAACCUGAGAACCCUGGUGAAGACGCCCCACCCGAAGAGCUGGCCAAGUACUACACUGCUCUGAGACACUACAUUAAUCUGAUUACCAGGCAGAGGUUAUUUUGUCAUAGGUAUGGAAAGCGUUCAACUCAGGAGGAUAUAGAUGCAGAGAUGCUUUUUGGCGGAGACAGCAACAGAGACCAGAGACCAAGAUAUUACAACUCCUAUAUGUGGUGACGCCGCCAUUCUGCUUCCUCAUCUGGCUUUCCAUCUGCGUGCUGAGAUGUGCCCCCCCUGACAGAAUACUAGCCCACUCCCUAUCUCUCUCAUUGUCUUACAUCUUUGUCAUUAUGACCUAAAUGAAUAUAAUGUAAUGUAAACACACACACACACACACACGCACACACGCACACAAAUAUAUAUGUGAAAAUGUGAGUUUAAACAGAGCAUUGUAACCUGAAUAUACAAAUAAAAUGUUUUUCUGUGGUUAAAAUUGGUUGAAAAUUUCUUGAAUUAGGUAAAAGAUUAAACAUGUCCUAUAAUAAUAAUUUUAUAAUUUACAUUUUAUAAUAUAAAGUGAAGGCAGUCCAGGCACCUUUUACUUUAUUAUAAGUAUAUAUCACUGUAAAUCACUGUAAUAUAUUUUACAUUCAACUUAACAAAGCCAAUGAAAAGUUCCAAACUAAGAACAUAUUGUCCUCUCAAAAAUUUCUUGAUAACUUACUUUUCCAAUCUGAACAUAUAUGUUUCAAAUAGAUCACUAAUAUAGCAUAUAUUUUUAGUGUCACUGAGAAACUUUGACACAGUAGGGAUGAAAUCGGCACAUAGCUCAACACCAUUUGACACAGUCAGAACAUUGACAUCCUCUGGUUGUGUGUGAGAACUGCAUCAAAGCAAACUGACCGUCAAACCCUUACUGAUACGUGGCUGUUCAGUAUCACAGUCUGGGUUUUAUUCUCAAAUAAACGUUAUUUAAACAAAGGCGUGUAAUUGUGUUUGUUUGUAGAUAAUUAUAAAUCAGUAGGCUUAAUAUGGCAAAUAUGUUUGUCAGAUGUUAUUAGCACUCUUAUUAUCAUAGGAGACAUGUUUUCACAUUUUGUUAAAUCAAAGAUUUUUAUUUUAAAAUCGAUCCCACAGCACGUGGCUUUAAU